AUGGCACGAACAGGCGUCAAGGGCCAACAUGACCCACAGGCGUUUCCAAUCAAGCAGAUGAUGGUACUUGGUCUGUGCCGGAUAUGUGAACCGAUUGCGUUCAUGUCAAUCUUUCCCUACGUCUACUACAUGAUCGAAUCUUUCCAUAUCACCCAGGACGACAAGCGAAUUGCACUCUAUGCAGGUCUGGUCACUUCGGCAUUUGCACUUUGUGAAUGCAUAGCCGGACCAUUCUGGGGUCGCCUGAGCGACAAGUAUGGACGCAAACCAAUCCUCCUCACUGGCAUAGCAGGCACGGGCCUCAGUAUGCUGGUGUUCGGCUUCGCCAAAAACUUCCAAACGGCUCUGAUCGCUCGAGCUUUGGGUGGUCUGCUCAAUGGCAACAUCGGUGUCUUACAGACGACAGUCGCAGAGGUCAUCACUGUGGAAGCACAUCAGGCACGCGCUUACGCCAUCAUGCCAUUUGUGUGGUGCCUAGGCAGCAUCAUUGGCUCGGCUUUGGGCGGCGCCUUAGCUGAUCCAGUGCGCAACUAUCCUAGCAUGUUCACGAAAGGGACGAUUCUCGAAGCCUACCCCUACCUCCUGACAAACCUGGUUUGCGCAAGUGUGGUGAUUUUCAGCUUGAUCAUCGGCAUGCUGUUCUUGGAAGAGACGCACGAGGACAAGAAAGAGCGGCGUGAUCUUGGCAGAGAGCUUGGAGACCGCAUGUUUGGACGAUGCACAGCAAAGAGGGAUCAGGAUUACAGUGGAAAGGAGGGCUUCUCAGAGGAGACACAUGUGCUCAUGAUGGACGAGGACCUCCCUCCGGACUAUUGUAGCACAGCUUCCUCGCCAGUACUACCACCGACGAUUGGGCUACCACCUCCAUCAUAUCAUUCUAUCGAAGCAGACGCUACCAACACUGAGCUCGGUCGCAUCAGUGAGGAAGUCCAGCCUAUGGAGGUUGAGGAAGCAUUGCUGCAACCUGAGCGCAACGCUAAGCGUGCUGCAAGUGUCACUGGCGCUUUUACAAAGCAAGUGGUUUUGAACAUCAUUGGGUUUGGCAUACUGGCAUACCACACCAUAUCCGCCGAGCAACUACUGCCAGUCCUCUUCAGCAUGCCCGAGUCGGACACAGCACCAUCUCUGCCAUUCAAGUUCAUCGGCGGCUUUGCGUUACCAACCAAGUUCAUCGGUGCGAUACUUGCCACACAAGGACUCAUACAGAUGGUCGCCACGAUGCUGGUCUUCCCUGUCGUCAGCCGCAAACUCGGCAGUCUGGCGACCUACCGCCUGGUUGUGCUGUCGUACCCUCUCCUGUACCUCGUCGUCCCGUAUCUGACUCUUCUACCUGAGAAGUACCGGAUGAUUGGUGUGUGGUUCGUGAUCAUCUGGAAGGUCACAGCGCAAGCGUUCGCCUUCCCAUCGUCGAACAUCAUGCUGGCCAACUCGGCACCCUCAACAAAGGUGCUUGGCACACUCAAUGGAGUGGCUUCCUCUGCUGCGAGUGGUAUGCGGGCUUUCGGACCCACUGUCUCCGGACUACUGCAGUCUGCUGGACUAUCAUUUGGUGCGCUUGGCCUUCCCUGGUGGAUGAACGCUCUCAUUGCUUGCACUGGUGCAGUCGUCAGCAUGUUCAUGGUUGAGGAGCGGCGCCGAACCUUUGCCACGGAGAAGUCACAGGACGAGGACGAAUCACGACCUUUACCAUCAGCGCUGGACGCGAACGAAAUGGACACUGCGCUAGUCGCUGCAGAAUCUUUGAAUGCUGCUUCGGAAAGCCAUCUAGCUACACCCGGCUCACCUCUGUUGACCAGGAUGAGCCUCGACCUGCGACGGAGCUCUCGUCGCGGCAGCCGACCGUUGAUAUAA